GUGUGUAACUUGAUUUGUCAUCCGGCUUCAAACGUCACUGUUUAGAUUUGACUAGACCGAAUCAGCCUCUCUAAAGUUGUAUUGUUUUAUUUGAAUUUUUUUGACAUAAGCGCUGUUUUAAGCGGUGGAUGUUGACAUGGAAGACAGUGAAAAGAAAGCCCCAUCGGUGAUCGAUCGAUAUUUCACGCGCUGGUAUAGAACUGAUCUAAAGGGAAAAUCAUGUGAGGAUUACUGCAUUUUACAGCACUCCAACAGGAUAUGCGUCAUCACACUUGCGGAGUCUCAUCCUAUCCUUCAGAACGGACGAAAAAUCAAAAACAUAAACUACCAGAUCAGUGAUGGAUGCAGUCGUCUGAAGAACAAGGUGUCUGGAAAGUCAAAGCGAGGUGGUCAGUUCCUGACGGAGUUUGCUCCACUGUGUAGAAUAACGUGCACAGAUGAACAGGAGUACACUAUAUUCAGCUGUAUCAGAGGACGUCUCCUAGAAGUAAAUGAAGCCAUUCUGAACAAGCCAGAUCUGUUAUUAGAAAAGCCUUCCACAGAGGGAUACAUUGCCGUUAUAUUACCUAAAUUUGAAGAGAGUAAGAGUGUCACUGAAGGCCUUCUGACCAGAGAACAAUACGAAGAGGUUCUGACAAAAAGAAUCCAACAAAAGCCUUGCUGACAUCAACUUACAUUUCAAAAAAACAUCUUGAGAAAAUGAAGACUUGUCUGCUGGAUCCAGAACAGUCUUGGAUUUCACUGGAGUGCAUUUUGUUUGACCACUGUUCAUGAGAUACAUAAUGCCAGUGUCAUGUGUAUUGUUUAGUUUAUUGUUUCAUUAAAACAGUUUUAAUUUGAGAAUUACCAGGUCUGCGUCCUCGCAGACACAUUAUUUCCCUUCCGGCUGCUGUAUAACUGCUUAUAGCCCUAACGAUUUGGAGAUUAUUAUAGUUUGAGUAAAUGCUAUAAAUAAAGGAACAGCUCCCUUCUGAGCAUUUUCAACUGGC